UUCUUAGUUAUUAUAAAUUAUUUAGUAAUGGAGGGAGAAGAAGGCUUAUUCGAGAACAACCUUGGAAAUGAUAGAAGAGUUUCAGGUGACAAUAAUUCUUUGGAUAAUUUGGACGAUUUCCCACAACCUUUUCCAGAUCCUCUAAAGGAGGGCAUCCUUUCUGGCAUGAACGACGACCAACUUGACAUGAAUUUAGAAUCAGUUUCUAACCCACUACAUAAUUACGAAGAGAACCAGCUUGACUUAGACAAUGAGGAGUAUGGGUUUGACAGCAAUAUAGAUGACAAUGGUAUUCCAAGAAAGAGCCAAGGUAACAAAAAGAGUGAGAAUACUCAUAAGAAGAAUUAUGAGUUAAGGAAGAGAGAUCCUGGAAUAAAUAUGUCGGAAGUUGAACUAGCGAAUAAAAGUCUGAAGGAUGCCCAAGCCCUUGAGGAUAAGUCAUCUGGCUAUGGCAUGCUCAUCCUACCAGACCAGAGUUUCAUGAUGACUCGUGAAGAGUGUAUCCUCGGUAGAAAGUGCCCGCCAGACAUUGAGAGAAAUGAUAAUAUCUGAUUUUUAUCACUUGAAGGUCAGAUGGGGUGCAAGUCGAUUUCAAGAGUUGCUGCACGCAUCUUUUAUUGAUCCAGAAUCAAGGAAUUUUGCAUUGAAAAUUUAGGUAAAAAUGCUAUACUUGUUGACAAGAAAUGACUGAAAAGGUCUUCUAAUUCAUGCAAGGUGUUUUUACCUCUCAGAAACGAGUGCUGUAUCCAGCUUAGCUCACUGAUGAUAUUCUUUAUUCUUCCCAAAGAAGUCCUUGAGAGGAAGAGGAUCCUGAGAGAGCAAAGAAAAGCUUUAUUAUUUGAAAAGAUAUCGAAGCUUUGUCAGAAGCCAGUUGGGACUAAGGAUGGAAAAGAUGAUCAAUCUCAGUACUUCAAGGAGUUAGCAAAUGAUAUCUUCCAGGAUGUCCAUAAGCUAUCGAUCAAGGACCUGAUCUUACUGUACAAGAACAAUCAGUUUGGAAUUGACUUGCCUCAAAGUUUGCAGGACAAAUAUUUUAUCAGAGGGAAAAAGAUGGUUUAAUUUCAAUUUUUGUUAAAUUAUGG